AUGCGGAUGCUUUCCUCGAGAACGCGUGUGAGUGGUAAUGGCGCGCACUUCCUCGCCAUCGAGCGUACUAAGAGUAGUAGUGUUAGGAAUAAGAAUAAUAAGACGAGAAAAUUGUUGGUUGUGAAAGAAAUCGUCUGCGCGGACCCGAGAAGAGUCGCGCGAGUGCAACAACAAAUGCGACGAGAGAUUGGAAAUAUGUUCCAAAACGACGCGAAAAUCAAAGGGAUGUUGAACCCGGACGUGAAAUUCGGGGUGGACGUGAACAGCACGACGUUAGCGACGGUGGCGGAUUGCGAGGUAUCGAACGACUUGCAAGUGGUAAAAGUCUACGUCUCGGUCCUCGGCGACGAGAGAGGGAAGAAAAACGCCAUGAAAGGCUUGCAAAAGCUCGAAGGGUACGUGAGAGGUAAAAUCGGCUCGAAGAUCUCCCUGAGAUUAACUCCGGAAGUCCGAUUCGUGUUGGACGAAAGCUUCGAGCGAGGGCAAAAAGUAAACUCGAUUUUAGACGUCUUGAGAGAGGAACGCGAAAGAGGAUCUUCGUCGUCCUCAAACGCAACGAAAGAAGAGAUGAUGGCGAUCGAAGAUACCAUCGCGGAGAGAGGAGACGACGAAGAGGAGUGGUUAGAGGACGACGAGGACGAAGUUUUCGAGGAAGACGAGCAAGAGGUGGUGAUUAAACCUUUGAGGAGGAAGAAAAAUUGA